AUGGUUUCCAACAAUUUGAACAAUACAACUUGUGCUAUGAAGAGGGCUUUCUCAGAUCUCCAGGAGCCUCAGGAAUUGAAUGGUGAUGCUCAGCUUGAGAUGUCUAUCUCUUCCCCAUCAUACACCCCACGCUACAGAUACUAUGCGAUGAUAUUCAUCGAUGAUGAGGGCAAUCUCCAAGUCCAAGAAUCUCAAUCUGUUCAGGACCGUGGGCCCAACCGAACAUACCGCUCAGUGAAAUGCCUCAAGAGCAGUCAUCUCCUCGAGUCCCCUUCCAGUAGGCAUUUUGCUGAGCAUGACUCCGACCACGAGGAUUUCGACAACUCCGCUAGCAUGGUUUCUCUUAGAAUUGGAGAUACUUCAAAGGUAACGGCUUACUAUGAGCGCGCUUAUCGCGAGUUUCAACAGCUGAACUGCCGUGCAAUUGCCAAGGAAUUCAUCCGUGCCAUUGAGCCAUUGAAGCAAGUUAAACAUCCAUAUAAUGGAAAGACACCGGUAGGAUCCGCAUCUGGCACUGAAAGGAAUCCGGAAGCGACUAAGCCAAAUUGGUGGCCUCCAGGUGUUAUGCACAAGGAGCCUGAUCACCUGAAGAAAGAGUACCGCCUCCAACUGCUGGUUCACAUUACCUGCAAGCUUGGUAGCCAUGGUAUUACGAUCGAUAUGCUGAAGCAAGUCGCAAGAGGCAUAGAGCGAAAGUUGCCGGACCCCCAGCGCGCCGAGGUAAUCUAUGAGAUCCUUCGGGUUCGAAACAUGCAGGAAAAAUUCGAGAAAGGUCAAGUCGGCAAGUAA